UUGAAUCCAAGCCAUCUGAAGCUAUAGAGACUGAAGCUGGGCCUUGCAGUGAUUGUACUCACAUUGAGCCCUGUGGUGAUUCCACUCACAUUUCUCUGCAAGAGGAAAAUCUGUCAUCUGUCGCUCAUUGCCUCCUUGAUGGCUCUACAGUUCCUGAAGAAGGCUUAUUUAGCCAAAAGAGUUUUCUUGUUUUGGGUUUUAGUAGUGAAAAUGAAUGUAAUAUUUUAAACAUCAUAAGAGAGCAUGCUGGAAAGAUUGUGUCCCUUCCCAGCAGAAUCGUUGCUGACUAUGCUGUGGUUCCGCUGCUGGGGUGUGCAGUAGAAGCAACAGUGGGAGAAGUUGUUACAAAUACAUGGCUGGUCACAUGUAUAGAUAACCAGAUACUAGUUGAUCCCAAGUCGAAUCCCCUCUUCACACCAGUCUCAGUAAUGCCAGGAGUGACUCCUUUAGAGGACUGUGUGAUUUCAUUCAGUCAGUGCGUUGGAGCAGAAAGAGAUUCCUUGAUAUUCCUAGCAAGUCACCUUGGAGCAAGUGUUCAAGAAUUCUUUGUUCGGAAAUCCAAUGCAAAAAAAGGCAUGCUCGCCAGUACACAUCUUAUAGUGAAAGAACCGCUUGGUUCUAAAUAUGAAGCUGCAAAGAAGUGGAGUUUGCCGGCAGUGAAUAUUUCAUGGCUCUUAGAAACUGCUAGAAUGGGAAGGAGAGCAGAUGAAAACCUUUUUUUUGGUUGACAGUGUACCUA